GUCGGUGCCGGCGGGUCGCAGCGGUGCCGCCGAGCACCCAUGGAGCCGCGGUGGCACUACCAGUUCCGGGUGAUCAUGUUGGGAGACUCCACGGUGGGCAAAUCCUCGCUGCUGCGGCGCUACACCGAGGGCGUCUUCCUGGACGCCGUCAACCAGACGGUGGGGGUGGAUUUCUACGUUCAGUUCGUGGAGCUGGAGCCGGGGCUCUGCGUCAAGCUGCAGUUCUGGGACACGGCCGGGCAGGAGAGGUUCAGGUCCGUGACUCGCUCCUAUUACCGCAACUCGGCGGGGGGGAUGCUGCUCUUCGACCUCACCAACCGCGCGUCCUUCGAGAGCGUCCGGCGGUGGCACGGCGAGGUGACGGACACGGUGCAGCCCUUCCGCGUCGUCUUCCUGCUGGUGGGCCACAAGAGCGACCUGGCGGCCGAGCGCAGGGUGGGCAGGAGGGAGGCCGAGCGGCUGGCGGCCUCGCUGGGCGCCCAGUACGUCGAGACCUCGGCCAAGGACGCCAGCAACGUGGCCCAGGCCUUCCAGAUGCUGACGCUGGCCAUCUACCGGGCGCUGCAGAGUGGGCUGCUCGCCCCCUGCGAGGCGUGGGACGGGGUGAAGAGCGGCGUCCCGCUGCCCGCGCCGCUCCCGGCUCACGCGGCGGAGAAGGAGGAGAAGAGGAAGAAGUGCUCGUGCUAGGGACGGGGGCUCCGAGCCGCUCGGUUCUGCUGAUGCGAGGGGUGAAGCAG